AUCCGGGUCAUUCUUUACCCGCAUUUCUGUAAAACCUUGGACCGGUUAAACCCUAAGCGGAGAGAUUAUCAAUCUUUCUCCCCGAACUCCACCGUCACCAGAGUGGAUUCAAGGUUGUACUGGAAAUUUCUGGAGCAGAGAAAGCUCUUCUUGCCUCUGGGGGCAAAACCCAUUAUUACAUUUGACGGUACAGUCUUCUUCAAAUCUCAAUCCUUAAUUUUUUGGUCUUGUUUGAUUCGUUGUUCAAGAAUUUUUUCAUUCAUUCAAGAUGAACCUUCAGUUAUGCAAACGACUAAUCUUGAAUGCUGUUAGAAAUACACCAAAACCCUUCAACAAUCACUGCCCUUCUUCUCAUGUCCUGUUCUAUUCAACCUCGGAAUUAAAACCCACAACGGAAACUAAUCGCAUCUUUGAUUUACUACGCAAUCACGGCAUUGCUCCUGAGGCUGUUUCGUCUGCGGCCUCUGUAUUAUCUGAAUUGAAAAACCCUGAAAAGUGUGAUUCUGUUUUGUCCUUCCUGAAGGAGAAUGGCUUCUCGAAAACCCAUUUAGAAAAGCUUGUGAAUUCGAGGCCCCGAGUGUUAGCUGCGAGUCUUGAUAACACUAUCAAGCCCAAGUUCCAAAUUCUCCAGUAUUUAGGCAUUUCGGCGCCGGAUAUUGCUAAUAUUAUAACCUUAGACCCCCUGGUCCUUUUUCGCAGUGUUGAUAAUCGAGUUGUACCCUCAAUUAUGGUAUUGAAAGAUAUUCUGGGAAGUAUCUCCGAGGUUGCUAAGUUACUUACAAAGCCAGCUUGCAGCUUGUUUUUGAGAAAUGAUCUGGAGAAGAAUUUGCUUCCUAAUAUCAAAAUAUUGAGAAGUUGUGGGGUCAGCACAGACAGAAUUAUCAGGACUAUGUUUAUGAGUCCAAGGUUUGUCUUAAGUAGGCCGGAAAAGAUGCAGGAAUGGAUCGGAAUGGCUGAUAAGUUGGGUUGUGAUCGGAAUUCCCUUAUGUUUAUUUAUGCAGUCAGGACUUUAGGAUCCAUGAGUUCUGCUACUUGGGAAGUAAAAUGGGACCUUUUCCGGAAUAUGGGAAUCCCAGAAGAUAAAAUGUUAUGGAUGUUUCAGAAAAAGCCUCAAGCAUUUGCUGUUUCUGACAGAAAGAUCAAGGAGGUGGUGAAGGUUCUUCUGGAUACUGGAAAAUACGAUGUGGAGUACAUAACUGAUGAACCUGAUGUGUUUCUCUGCAGCGUUGAAAAGAGGCUUAAGCCGAGACUGCGAGUUUUGGAUAUUUUGGAAAGUAAAGACUUGCUUAAGCAAAGGCCACGUCUGUCAACAGUAUACAAGUCUUCCAAUGAGCUGUUCGUUAAAUGGUUUGUUUUCCCUAAUUUAGAUAAAGAUCCUGAAAUUAAAUUGCUUUAUGAGAAUGCAUUUGCGAAGGUGAUCUCUAAACCUAAAAGUUCAGUUUCCAGUGAAGAUAUUGAAGAUUAGAUUUUUGUGACUUAUGUACUGAUGGACUCUGUUUUGUAAGUCCCUAGUAGUUAACAGAAACAGUUUGUCAUUCCAGAAGUGCAUAACUGUUGCCUCAGGAGUAAGGAGCGUAGAUUUUGUGAUUCUAGUUUAUCUAAUUUGAGGAUUUGUGCUUAAGAUGUUAUGGAAGUUAAUUGCCUCCAAAUGUAUUCUGGAUAAGUAGCGGUAACUGGAUCUUAUACUUUAUGCCUCGCUUGUUAUUGAUUUUCCCACCAUGUCGAGUUUUGACAGUACAUUUGUUAUUUUCCAUUACGUCGCCAUAGUUUCAUUUUGCUCUUGCCGCUUUUUUGAUCACUACAUGCUUUUGAGGAGACAGUGAUUAGUUGUUAUAUUGCUAGUUGGUUUGAUUUCAUUAUUGAAGACUAUAUUAUUAAGUUAGAGGCUUGUCUAGCAUUGUUGUAUCUCCUGCUGGAAAAGGAGAUGCUGCAGAAAGUUAGCAUCAUAUGACUCCAAAAGCCUUAGAUACAAUCUGUUGUUCUGACCUGUACGAGC